AUGAAGCCGAUCACGUUCGAAUCGAUUCGCAACCUGCUGAAGACGAAAAAGAAGCAGAAAGACAAAUCAAGCAUCGAUCAGAGUUUCAAGCGAAGUGACUCGUUUAAGCGCAUCAGCAUCAGGAAGAGCUACCUCGAGCGAGGCCGUAAGCGCAAUGCGGCGGCGGUUCUGCGAGGGUCCACCAAAAAUCUGGUCAACAUCAAUGAGUUUGAGGACCAGGCGAAGGUUGUCAAAGGUCCGGAGAAGUUGAAGACGAACGGUGACUUAGAGGGCACGCAAGGACUCGAUAAUCCGGCACAGUCUUUGGAGAAACCAGGCGUUUCGUCUUCCGCGACAAAACGGAUACCAGUGCCUGAGAGGACAUUCGAAGAGAAGCUCGAGUCGAAUGAUGCAUCACUGGACGAAAAGAUCCGCGCGCUGCAAGAGAUCAACGAUCGGUACAUCAACGAGAAUCGCGAUCUGAUCGAAAAAACGUACGAAGUCUCUCGGAAGGUGGAGAAAAUCAAGAUCAAGAAACCACCGCGUCCUUCGAAACAGACUCCGCCGGUUUCGCAACAGCAGGUGCCCAAGAAAUCCCACGAAAAUGGAGUACAAAGCAAUGAUCUCAAAGUUAAAGUGGCUUCCUCGGAUAGUCAGGAGACGGCGUCGGUGCACUCGAUUGUUUCCGAUAAACCGUCGUUCCAGGAUUCUGCUGGUGCUAUCACCGGUCGGGUGAAGAACGUUUCACACGUGAACAUCAACGUCAGUUCGGACGCAAUUCCGGAGGAAGAUGAAGCGACCGAGGGCAGUGUGCGCGGUGGCAAGAUGGCCGACGACACGGCUGACGAUAAGUCGUUCUACAGCAUCAGUACCUUCACGAUCGAGAGCAACACACUCACCAACGGGGGUAACGCGAACAACAACACGAACGCUUCAUCGAAGAAGUCGUUCCGCAGUAGCUUCAGCGCGGGUACGAGCAAAACGGCCACCGCCGAACUGCCCACCUUGGUCACGAUCCGGACGUACUGCGAGCCAAACUCGCUGAUGCAAUCGACAACCCAUGUCAACGAGAGGUACCUGGAAACGAGUUUCGACAGCUGUCCCGAAGAGCCAGACCCUGCGCGCGAUCGGCAGCAGAAGAAGGCGAUUAAGGAAGGAUCAGUAGUUGGUGUCGAUCAGCUAGCUAAAACGGUUGUCAAUGGCGACCGUCAUAGGAGUCCCUCUCGGAUUCCAAGGAUCAACACGCAAACGUUUAAAAUGAUACGCAGCAAGUCGCGAGACGGGAUAGUGAUUCGCAUCCCGGCGAUGGACGAACAGGAGACAGAGGAUGGAAUCAAGAACACCAGAACCAAGCUAGACAAUGGUGGUCUUAAGGAGCCGGAGGAUAAUCUGAACCGGCAGCUGAGCAAUGAUUCCGCUCUGGAUCUAAUCGACGUCGAUAUCAAGGUGGACGAGAAGGAUUUGCGCAACGGUCUCAGUGGUUCGACGCUGAACUUGAAUGGCGUUACGACGGAUGGUACAGUUGAAUUGAAGAAUCAAAAGAACAAGUACCGAAAGAAGGCGAAGAAAGCGAUCGUGAGCAAAACGGGUACGUUGGACGUCGAGGACACCAACAGCAACCACACGUUUAAGAGCCACGAGCACUUUGAGAUACAGCGCACUCCGAAGGGAACGGACGGUUCCGCCAGCGAGCCGAAGUUCAUCUUCCCCAGCAACUACCUGGAGGAGGAGAACAACAUCUUCUACGAUCAGACGCUGUACGACGAGGCAGAGUUGCCAUCGCCGGAAAACAGCAUUCCGUACGCACUGCGCAUAAAGGAGAAUCCCUUCACCAAAAACAAAGAAUUCUACUCGAUCAACACCGGGCGCAUCUGGAAGCAGCUGAAUCUCGGUCAACAGGAAGAGGACUCGAUACUAUCCACGGCCGGACCACGGCUAGUCCCGCCACCGAAGGUCAAAAACGAGUCCUUCAAAUCGAUGUCGUCCCGUGAUUCGGGUUUCAGUCUGACGUUGACCAAACCGAAGAACCUGUUCCGUCGAAAGUCCAAAAAGGCGACGCUGCUGCAAAGGCGAAAGCCUCCAAAGUUGGCUGUCAGUCGCGAUGGGUAUUUCAAGCGGGUGAUGGUUGUACAGCGUAAUUCGUCGAAGCGAAAGAAAUCGAUCCGCAAACAGCGCGUGGCCGGAAAGGACAUCUUCCGGGAGAUGUACGAUGAGAACUGGAGCAAAUUGGGUGAUGGAUUCAACGGUGAUCAAGCCCUCGAAGAGGCACUGCUCGAACCGGAAGCUCCAGAUUUUGCACGAGAUUUUGAGAACUUUUGCAACGAUCGCCGGUACAAUCAGGAGAUGCACGAUCUGGAGGCGUUCUAUGAGGAGCACCUGAAGCGCUUGCGGCAUUAUUACAUCCAGAAGAAGAAACUGAAUGAAGCCGCCAUAAAGGAGUUCUAUCGGGAUUAUGGCGCAGGCCGUGCGUCUGGUGCUGGUGCUGAAAGUGCUACGGCUGGAGUCGGAACCGGCCCGACCGGAGCUGGAGAUGAUGCUGAGGAAGAAAACGAUUACUACGACACAUUUAUUGUGACGAAGAACGAAACGAUUCGCUUCAAAAACAACGCCCUUCAGCAGCGGUACUUUCAGCAGACAGACGCCGGUCUGGAGUUUAUGUUUCCCCAUCCAGACAAGCGCAAAAGUGGCCCGGGAACAGCAGGAGGCUCCCUUGGGCAGGGGAAGUCGACCAAAGGGCUUAAAUCCGCCGGUGGAAGCGCUCAUUCGACGACGACCGCUGCUGGUCGGAAGCAGCUGUUUCACGAAGUUCGCCCAUACGGAAGCCCUCUGGAAUCACUGAGCAUCGGUGAUCACUACACCGAGGAGGAGUUCCUUCGGGAUGAUCCAGUAACAGCGGCAUCCAAGCGCACGCAGUCAGUAGUGUCUGGAAAUCGGUUCAAAGAAUCGGCGGCUUUAUUGUACAAGCGCUCGAUUUCUGCUCCAUUUGGAGACUCCAACUUCCAGCUGACAACGGCUUCUGGUGAAGAUCUCAAGCUCGUCCGAUCGAUCGGAGCGAUGCAGAAUGAAAUCUCUCUAGCCAACAUAUUCCCUUCGGUGAAUGGAGACAAACCUCCCAACGGUGCAAAUCGCCAUCGGUACACGGAAAAGCGAAAUGGUGGUGCCAAAGGAACCGCACAAGAUCCCGACGAGGACGAAGACGAUGAGGACGAUGAGGCCGGUGAAGAGGACGACGACGAUGACGAGGAGUUCAGUGAGAACGAGUUCUUGAUCAAUAGCCUGGGUGACAAUAUGUACUGCGUGCGGUGCGACAAAAUGAACAGUGAUUGCGAGUGUUUCGACGAAUCGGGUUCGGGAUCCCCGAAGCGCAAGGAUUCAGGUCGUCCAAGCCGAUCCAAGUAUAAAGUAGGCGCGAAGAAAGUGUACGGUUCGAACGGUGGUGAGGUUGUGAUAGUCGGUGAGCCAGGUGAUGGUCUGCGAGAUGCGAAGGCUCCCUCGAGCGACAAUGACGACGAGGAUGAUGAGGACGAUGCCGAGGACAUCGACGAAAACGACGAAAAUUACUGUGAUGUGUUCGAUUAUAACGAUAUCAACAUCAUUCACGUGAACCACAAGAAGAAAGUGAAGCGAAAAAAGUCCAAAAAACGCACCGUCCGGAAAAACCACUCGACGCUGCGGCGCGGCAGUUACUGGGGUGACAUCACGCAAAAAGGAUACGAAAAGAAGCGAACCAGACUCUUGCAGCCAUAUCUGUCCAAAAAUGUGCAGCACGGUAGUGGUGGUGGUGGUGGUGGUGGUGGAGGUGGGGGUGGAAAUAACCCCGGCUACGUCAAUGACAUCCAAUCGCAUCUGCAUCAUCCGUCGUCGCAGCAGAAGCAAAACAUCUUCGUCUCCUCGGGCAGCGGUGGUGGAGGUGGUGGUGGUGGGAGUAGGGACAGGAAUGAUCGAUCCAGCAGUGGUGGAGGAGGAGGAGGUCAUCAUCAUUCCUCGUCCCACCAGCAGCGGGAACAGCAACAGCAGCUGCAACAAAAUCGCACACGUCGCAGCACGCAGCGAAAGGUUACGCACAACGAGAAACGCUAUCAUUCAGCGUCAGGACGACCGGACGUGCGGCAACCGGAAGCCUUGCUGGAUCGGCUGGCUUUAUCAAGCAUCCCGGUACACCAGCAUCUGCUACGAGAGCGUCUGCUGCUGCAGCAUCAAGCACUGCUAUCGGGGAAUACCUCAUCCGGUUCGACGUCCUCGGGCAGUGGCGUAACCGACAAGGCCUUCACGGAUCUGCUUAAGGAUCUAAAAUCCAUCGAUCAGAGACCGGCGGCGGUCACCACUGCUGCUGCCACCAAUGUGCCAUCGUUGCUUGAACAGCAUCAACAUCAUCAUCAUCAUCCCCAGCAACAGCAACAGCAACAGCAACAUCAGCAGCGCCAGCAACAACCGAACCUAACCUCAACGGCACUGGUGACGGCCGCGACGGAUGCGAUGCUCAAAAAGAUGCACAUCUCACCGGCCGGUGACGUCAAACCGGAAGUGCCGGUGGUCACCGGAAGUGGUGGUGGCAGUGGUGGCCCUGCUGUGAUACUACGUCCAAAGGCGCCUCAACCGCCAGAGGGCGUGAAACCGCACGAUCCUGAACCGGACCGGUCAAGUAAUAAUCCGCCGGGUGCCGGUGACGGCAAGAAUAGUAGAAAUAAUCGAAGAAUUGGACGGCACGAGAGUCGCUACACCAGUGAAGUACGCCAGGAAGCGGUACAGCAGGCAUUAGCUGCAUUAAAAAAUCGCCCCAAACCUAGCUUGCCAAUGCCAUCCAAACGAAGCUCGGUGCUUAACCGCAGUCCCGAGCGCGAUCAUGACGAUUCAGACUCCAGUACGGAAGAUGAAUCCAUACCGGAGGAAGGUAUGCUGGGAAGAAUAUCGACACCGGACCGGGACAACUACAAUCUGCCUCGUGAUCACAUACUUACACGGGAACCGAUGAAGCUACCCUCGUCCCGGGACCAUCACCAUUCGCAACCGCAACCACUGCCCCAACCGCCGACAAAGCAAUCCUCCCAACAUGGGCCUCAGCAAACCCACCUCGAUCGUCGGCCACCACAAACGAUCCCAACGCAACCGAUCAACACGCAGCACGCGACGCUAUCGGAUACGUCGAGUGCCGGAUCACCACCGGCCGUCCACCGGAACCACCAGUACCAGAACAAACCGUCGAGCUAUGACAUUACGGAUCUGAGUGACUUCCAGCCGCACCAACGGACACCGUACGCCGCUCCGGACAUCACACAAUUUAGCGCCAACACGCGUCGGGGUGCGGAUCGUGUGACGCGUUACGUCAACCUGGCCAACCAGGAACCGGGUGACACCAGUACGGCUGGCCGGUGGAAAGUUUCGGCCAAGAUCCAGCAGCUACUCAACACACUGAAGCGACCGAAGCGGCGCCCUCUGCCGGAGUUUUACGAAGAUAACGACAUCGAGCUGGAGAUCGCCGCCAAUCCGAAGGAUCCCAACGCACCCAAACCGGAGGGCAACGUGAUGACACCGGUACAGGGCGAGCAGUUGAUCGUACCAUCCGGGUUGCCCCGCACACUCGAGGCCGCCCUGCAGCGGUACGGAACGAGCUCGUUCAAAGCACCGAUGGCCACCGUGCUGGAUCCGAACGGGAAGAUGACGACAACGCUUACCUACGGUAAGCUGCUAUCACGCGCGCAAAAGAUCGCGUACGCUCUCUCGACGAAGGUCUUCAGCAAAGGACCGGAACAAGUGUCGCUGAAACCGGGUGAUCGUGUCGCCCUGGUUUAUCCCAACAGUGACCCGCUCAACUUCCUGACGGCCUGGUACGGUUGCAUGUUCCGUGGGCUCGUGCCACUACCGAUAGAACUGCCGCUCUCAAGCUCGGACUCACCACCGCAACAGGUCGGAUUCCUGCUCAGCUCGUGCGGUGUACACGUUGCCCUCACCUCGGAGGCCUGCCUGAAAGGUCUACCGAAAUCAUCCACCGGUGAGGUGACCAAGCUGAAAGGCUGGCCACGAUUGCACUGGUUUGUGACGGAACACCUGCCUAAGGUGCCGAAAGAUUUCAACACCAACAACAACCGCAUCAGCGAGGACUCGAGCGCGUACAUCGAGUACACGACGGACAAGGAGGGCAGCGUUAUGGGCGUUACCGUAACGCGUCAGGCGAUGAUCAACCACUGCCGUGCGUUAACGGUGGCCUGCCACUACACGGAAGGUGAAACGAUCGUGUGUGUGCUUGAUUUUAAGCGCGAAGUCGGGCUGUGGCAUAGUAUUCUCACCUCGGUGUUGAACGGUAUGCACGUCCUGUUCAUACCGUACGCUCUGAUGAAGCUGAGACCAUCGUCCUGGAUGCAGCACAUCACGAAAUACAGAGCGUCGUGCUGUCUCGUGAAGAGUCGCGAUCUACAUUGGGGCUUGCUGGCGACGAAAGAUCACAAGGAAAUCUCUCUGCUGUCCCUGCGGAUGCUGCUGGUGGCGGACGGUGCCAAUCCCUGGUCACUCUCUAGCUGCGAUCAAUUCCUGAGCGUGUUCCAGUCGAAGGGACUGCGACCGGAUGCGAUCUGUCCGUGUGCUAGCAGCUCGGAGGUGUUUACUGUGUCACUGCGACGACCGGGACGUCCCGUUUCGAGUGGCUACAAUCAAUCGGCAACCGGACGGGGUGUUCUUUCGAUGUCGGCGCUAUCGCAUGGCGUCGUGCGAGUUGAUAGCGAGGACUCUCUUACUUCGCUCACGCUGCAGGACUGUGGUCAGGUUAUGCCGAGUGCUACUAUGGUUGUGGUCAGUGCCGAAGGACCGCCGGUUCUGUGCAAGACGGAUCAGGUUGGUGAGAUUUGCGUGACCUCGGGUUCAAGCGGUACGGCGUAUUACGGAUUAGAGGGCAUGACAAAUUCCACCUUCAAGGUUCAACCGCUUCUCGAAGCACCCGUCACGAAGGACGGUGAAUCCAUCCCAGGGAAACCGAUCAAUGACGAAAUGUACGUACGCAGCGGUCUACUGGGUUUUCUGGGUCCCGGUGGGCUUGUAUUCGUGUGUGGCUCCCGAGACGGCCUAAUGACCGUGACCGGGCGCAAGCACAAUUCGGACGACAUCAUCGCAACGGUGCUAGCUGUCGAACCGAUGCGCUUCAUCUAUCGCGGACGAAUCGCGGUCUUCAGCAUCAAGGUGUUGCGGGAUGAACGCGUAUGCGUUAUUGCCGAACAGCGACCGGACUGCUCGGAGGAGGAAUCAUUCCAGUGGAUGUCACGGGUUCUGCAGGCGGUCGAUUCGAUCCACCAGGUCGGCAUCUACUGCCUGGCACUCGUGCCACCGAACCAUCUACCGAAGACACCCCUCGGCGGAAUACAUUUGACCGAGGCGCGUCGACGGUUCCUCGAGGGUUCGCUACACCCGGCCAACGUGCUCAUGUGUCCGCACACGUGUGUCACCAAUCUUCCAAAACCACGCGAAAUUCACCACGAUGCCUCCGUAGGUCCAGCUUCGGUAAUGGUCGGUAACCUGGUGCAGGGCAAUAGGCUUGCUUCUGCCCAGGGCCGCGAUAUCGGUCUGACAGACGAUAGCGAUCGCAAGCAUCAGUUGAUAACUGGUGUGCUGCGAUGGCGUGCAACCUCCUCACCCGAUCACGUCCUGUACACGCUGCUCAACUCGAAAGGAGCCGUCGCGAAAACGCUCACCUGUUCCGAGCUGCACAAGCGGGCGGAAAAGAUCGCGGCUCUGCUGCAAGAACGGGGCAAAGUGAGCGCGGGAGAUCACGUGGCGCUCAUCUUCCCGCCGGGGUUGGAUUUGAUCUGUGCGUUUUAUGGCUGCCUGUUUCUGGAUGCGGUACCGGUGACGAUCCGACCGCCACAUCCGCAGAAUCUCGUCACCACGUUGCCAACUGUUCGCAUGAUCGUGGACGUUUCGAAGAGUGGCAUCAUCCUGUCGAUACAGAGCAUUAUUAAGUUGCUGAAAUCGCGCGAAGCAGCUACCUCGAUCGAUCCGAAGAGCUGGCCGACCAUACUGGACAUUGAGGAUAAUCCCAAACGGAAGCUAGCAACUAUCGCUAAUAGUACGCUGGAUUCGACGGCCUAUCUGGAUUUCAGCGUGUCCACCUGCGGUCGGUUGAGUGGCGUCAUCAUCACGCAUCGAUCAUUAUCGAGUCUCUGUGCCAGUCUGAAGCUUGCCUGCGAGCUGUACCCUAGUCGCCAUGUGGCACUCUGCCUUGAUCCGUACUGUGGCCUUGGCUUCUCCAUGUGGACCCUGAUCAGCGUCUACAGUGGUCACCAUUCAAUACUGAUCGCACCGUACGAGGUGGAAGCAAAUCCGAGCCUCUGGCUAAGCACGCUGUCUCAGUACCGCGUGCGGGAUACAUUCUGUUCGUACGGUGUGAUCGAACUAUGCACCAAGGCACUCAGCAACUCGAUCCAGACGCUUAAACAGCGCAACAUCAAUCUCGGAUGCGUGCGCACGUGCGUCGUCGUGGCGGAGGAACGUCCACGCGUACAGCUAACCCAGCAGUUCUGCAAGCUCUUCCAGGCACUCGGUCUCAACACACGCUGCGUGUCGACUUCGUUCGGUUGCCGUGUUAAUCCCGCAAUCUGUGUGCAAGGUGCAAGCUCUGCGGAAAGUGCACAGGUUUAUGUGGACCUUCGGGCGUUGCGGAACAACCGAGUGGCGCUUGUUGAACGAGGUGCACCGAAUUCGCUGUGUCUCGUUGAAUCCGGCAAGUUGCUGCCGGGUGUGAAGGUGAUCAUUGCUAACCCGGACUCGAAGGGGCAGUGUGGUGAUUCGCAUCUUGGGGAGAUUUGGGUCCAAUCACCUCACAACUCGAACGGGUACUUCACGAUCUACGGCGACGAAACGGAUUACAAUGAUCACUUCAACGCCAAGCUCGUGACCGGCUGCUCGACGAAUGAUAUGUGGGCUCGCACCGGUUACCUUGGGUUCCUACGGCGCACAGAGUGUUCCCAGGCCGGCUCGAUACUGGAUGAAACCACACCGAGCAUAGCUAGUCGCGAUUCGGACACCGAAUCAAUCCACUCACAGGGUCACAACACCUUAAAUUCCACCACAAGCUCAAACGCAGCCAACCCAGUGGGAACCGUUGGGGCAAGCAACGAACAAGAGCUCCAUGAUGCCGUUUACGUGGUCGGUGCACUUGACGAAGUGAUCAUGCUGCGUGGCAUGAACUACCACCCGAUCGACAUCGAAAAUUCGGUCCUACGGUGCCACAAGAAGAUCGCCGAAUGUGCCGUCUUCACCUGGACCAACCUGCUCGUGGUGGUGGUCGAACUGGACGGAAACGAAUCCGAAGCGCUCGAUCUGGUACCGCUCGUGACAAACACCGUGCUGGAGGAGCAUCAGCUGAUUGUCGGUGUGGUCGUUGUUGUCGAUCCCGGUGUUGUUCCCAUCAACAGCCGCGGUGAGAAACAGCGGAUGCAUCUACGCGAUGGUUUCCUCGCCGAUCAGCUGGAUCCGAUCUACGUUGCUUACAACAUGUAA